AUGGCAUCUACAAAUUCCGCAUCAGCUUUAGCUGAACAAAAUGCUGAAGAUACUUAUGAACAAUAUGAAAAAUAUUUAAACGCUGGAAGUGGCGGUAAACAACGUAGUAAAGUUGAAGUUCAAUUAAACUCUCAACAUCAUGAUGCUGGUGGUGAUACAAGAAAGAUUGUAAAUGCCAUGGCUAAUAAUGAAAAAAAUCAAAAACAACAUGAAAAGAAAUAA